GUGGAUUACGAUCGGGGAAGUAAGGAGGGGUACAGAGUCAUUCAGGCAGUAACGUCAGUGAUAGCUUGUGUGAAAGAUUUUGCGUUGUCCCAUAGUCGUUGCAAUGCCCGGACUCACUUUACUACGUUUAUCUAGCUAAUUUGAUUCCUUUGUUUUUUUCAUCGUAAUAAGAUAAUCAUCAAUUUUAAUUGCUGCCUUUUUAUUCAUUUUAAUCCGUUUUAGUGUCGGGCUUCAACUAGCUAGAAUUCAAGUUGGGAUAUUCAGCUAGCCAGCUUUUAGCUAGCUAGCCAGCUUUUAGCUAGCUAGCGCAAGAAGCAGCUGUUGUAAUCCUUCUUGGGUGUACAGGUUCAGAGGAAGAUGAAGGUGACUGUGGAUUUCGAAGAAUGCCUUAAAGACUCUCCUAGAUUUCGAGCCACUAUAGAGGAGGUUGAGGGGGAUGUUGGGGAACUGGAGUCAAAGCUGGACAAGUUGGUCAAGCUGUGUAUUGGAAUGAUAGAUGCUGGAAAAGCAUACAACACAGCCAACCGGCAGUUUGUUAGUGGGAUACGGGAGCUAGCCCAGCACUCCACCAAAGAUGAAGUCAUUGAGUCCAGUCUUACAAAGUUUGCAGAGAGUCUGCAGGAGAUGAUCAACUAUCACACAAUUUUAUUUGACCAGGCCCAGAGAUCCAUAAAGUCACAACUCCAAACAUUUGUGAAAGACGACCUGCGAAAGUUCAAGGAUGCCAAGAAGCAGUUUGACAAGGUGAGCGAGGAGAAGGAGACGGCCCUGGGGAAGAACGCCCAAGCGCCACGCAACAAGCAGCACGAGAUGGAGGAGGCCACCAAUAUCCUGACCGCCACACGCAAGUGCUUCCGCCACAUCGCCCUGGACUACGUGCUGCAGAUAAAUGUCCUCCAGUCAAAGAGAAGAUUUGAAAUCCUCAAAUCGAUGCUGUCCUUCAUGUAUGCCCACCUGACAUUCUUCCAUCAAGGCUAUGACCUGUUCAGUGAACUGCAGCCUCUCAUGAAUCUGCUAGGUGGACAGCUGGACCAGCUGGUAGUAGACGCAGCCAAAGAGAAGCGUGACAUGGAGCAGAAGCACUCCACCAUCCAGCAGAAGGACUUCUCGAAUGAUGACACAAAGCUAGAGUACAAUGUGGACACAGACAAUGGCAUUGCCAUGGAGGGUUACCUGUUCAAGAGGGCCAGCAAUGCCUUCAAAACCUGGAACAGGCGCUGGUUCUCCAUUCAAAAUGAUCAGCUAGUUUACCAGAAGAAAUUUAAGGACAUCCCUACGGUGGUGGUGGAGGAUCUGCGGUUGUGUACGGUGAAGCAAUGUGAGGACAUUGAGCGACGCUUCUGCUUCGAAGUGGUGUCCCCGACCAAGAGCUGCAUGAUGCAGGCCGACUCGGAGAAGCUACGACUGGCCUGGAUCAAGGCUGUCCAGAGCAGCAUCGCCACGGCCUUCAGAGAGAAGGGCGAGGACGCCGAGAAGCUGGACAGGAAGUCGUCGACGUCCACAGGCAGCCUGGACUCAGGAGGCGAAGUCAAGGAGAAGUCUCUGAAAGGGGACGGCGCUCUGCAGCGGGUGCUGGCCAUCCCGGGGAACGGCAGCUGCUGCGACUGUGGUCAGGCCGAACCCCGCUGGGCCAGCAUCAACCUGGGCAUCACCCUGUGCAUUGAGUGCUCCGGCAUACACAGGAGCCUGGGCGUCCAUUUCUCCAAGGUGCGAUCUCUGACGUUGGACUCCUGGGAGCCAGAGCUGCUGAAGCUGAUGUGUGAACUGGGGAAUGGAGUGAUAAACCAAAUCUAUGAAGCCCAGAGAGAAGAACUGUGUUUCAAAAAGCCUCAACCUGGAGAUCCCAGGCAGGAGAUUGAGGCCUACAUCAGAGCCAAAUACGUCGACAAGCGGUUUGUCAGGAAGCAGUCGGCUGAAGAGCAGAGGUCAAAGGUCAUUGCCCUGAGCAAAAAGGAGAAGAGGUUGAGCAGCAGCACAGAGCACCUUCCCCCGCGGCCACCCCCACCCACUCCAAGACUGCGGCCCGCCUCGUCCGCAUCAGUUCGGAGUGCGGAUAGUGGCAUCCAGAACAGCGCGGAUGGGAGCCGGGAGAUGCUGGCCUCCACGCCUUCCAACAACAGUCUGAGUGAAGCAGAGCUCCCGGAGCCCCCUAUCCCCCCUUUUCCUUUGCCACGGAGCGACUCUUCUGUGUUUCUGGAGCCCGGCGAGUGCUCACCAGGUCUGCAGCUCUAUUGGGCGUCCUACGCCCGCAGCCUGCCCGACAUGGCGGAGGCGUUCGCCCAUGGCGCCGACGUCAACUGGGUCAACGUCGACGACCAGAACCGGACCCCCCUUGUCCAGGCAGUGCAGGGGGGCUCCUUAGUUACGUGUGAGUUCCUGCUCCAGAAUGGUGCCAAUGUAAACCAGCAGGAUAUCCGGGGAAGGGGCCCCCUGCACCACGCCACCAUCUUGGGCCACACUGGGCAGGUGUGUCUGUUCCUGAAGAGGGGAGCCAGUCAGAAUGCAGUGGACAUCGACAGCAAAAGCCCACUGUCUAUCGCCGUCAAUGCUGCCAAUGCCGACAUUGUAACGCUGUUGCGUCUGGCCAAGAUGAACGAGGAGAUGCGGGAGGCGGAGGGUCCCUACGGACAGACAGGCGAUGAGACCUACCAGGACAUUUUCAGAGAUUUCUCCCAGAUGGCCUCAGAUGACCCGGACAAGCUGAACCGGUUCCAGCCGUACGACUCCCCAGGGGAGUGACGGAACGUUUGAUUGGCUGGGCAGGUGGCGGACAGGACAUGUGAGCAGG